GCACACGAAGAGAGAGCGCGAAGGAAAAUGCGUUCCACUCUCUCCGAGUGUGUUUGUGGACUGCGUUCGACCAACUCGAUCCGACGACUUGAACGAAACUGCUGGAGCUGGGGCCGAUGUUGGGAUCCACCGGGCGUUCAGUGUUCGGUGAACGUUCGUGCGGUGCGCGCUUAUUGGCUGACGAGAUUUUUAUAGUUCGUUUGGGGAUUGCAUACCUAUACGUUUCACGCUCGCUUGUGGUGCGUAUCGCGCGGGUGUUAUUUUGCGAAAAUUGGUGACGGUUUUUCCUGGAGUGCUAUCGGGGUAGUGUUUGGGAAUUUUGCAUGCGGCGUUCCUGGAUGCACUGUGAAAAAUAUGUUGGUGCUUUAAUUCUUUCUAUCGAAAUAUGUUGAUUGAAAGCGUAACAAAGUGAGAUUUUUGGCAUGAUGCGAGUGAAGUUAGAUACCUGACCAAUAUCUAGCCAAAGAAAAUGAUAGAAGUGAAGUGAAAGCGCGUUAUAAUAGUAGUUUUUCGUAAAACUUGUUUCCUCAAGUGACAGUGGAUUGCAGUGGAUAGUGAAAAUUUCCGCAAUUGCGUGUGUUGAGUUUCCCAGUUGCGGCGAAUACAAAAAUCGUGAAGAGAAGGGCAUGUUACAGUUCUAGUGAAAAGUAUUGGAUUACGCCCAGCUCAGCAAUCAUCAUUGUCCGAAACAAUUAUUUUUGUUUAUAUCACUGACCAAAACCGCGAUAUCCUGCGAUUGUAUGUGAGAAUUCUCUUGUUGCGGUCCAAGCUCUUCCAAAGCGAAAAUUGAAGAGUCGUGUUUGGUGACCUUGCAAUCUCCAAAUACUAUUGUGCAAGGUUUAGCAUGUGCCAGAUGGGAGAGAAAUGUAACCAGCGUGUGAAAUAAAGGAAGAAUGUUCAGCUGUGUUGGUUUGGGCUCGGAGAAUCGAUAACCCUAUAGUGCUAGUGAAGCAAAGCUUCCACCGUGUUUACCUGAUAAAUACAAAGCAGUAGUGCACCACGUGAAAAGAGAAGUUUGCGGUUCUUGUAGAGCUAGGCCUGCUUAGUGAAUACUGGUGGAUGUCAGCGAAGUGUCAAACGAAGAAUAGUCGAUACGUUAGUUGUGAUUGUUGAAAACAGUGACCAAAUUAGUGUCGUCGUCGGUACCUGAUCUUGAAUGCCUCAUCUUGUCAACGCAUCUCUUGUAGCAGAUAGUACAGCUGGAGACGAGUGAAAUUUGCUUUCGUUCGUCGCCGUCGUCACGAGAUAAGAAGAUUGUUCCGGGUGUUUAUUUUUGAUACGGGGUGGCCGAUUUGAUACAGUACAAAAGCGAAGUGAAGAAGAGACUAUUUUUGUGUGUAGUGUUGUUGUGUGAUUCAUAGUGUCGUACGAGAUUUUCUGCAAUCGAUUGCCCCAUUCCCAAUACACGAUGAGUGGUUCAUCUUCCAACAAAGUGCAUUAUUCAGUGUACAGCUUAAAUCCAGAAGAAGAGCUUUAGAGAUAACGUUUCUACGGUGGUGCGACCAAAGUCCUUCCAGGAACGGGAUCAUGGCCGAAGAAUCGAAACGCCAGAUUCCGGUGUGUCCACCGUUGCCGAAAGAUUUGGUUAUGGCUAGUAGCAAGCUGCGACCGCCACCCGCCAAGGUGGUGCCGGAACAGCAAGAAGAUUCGAGUGAUGGUGGUGACCUUCUGGUGGUUCGAUACGAAACCACUGGCGGUUCACUGUCGAGCGGGGGAGACUCCAACACGGCGGUGUCCGUUUCGUUGGAGCACAUUCUGAAGACGUUCAAUGCGCCGAUCUCCGAGGAUCAGGCCUGGGCGUUGAUCUACCAGGCCACACGCAUGUACAAAGCCCGGCUGCUGGAGACCGGCUGUCGGUUGCGCGAUCUGCGGCUGCCGGUCAAGACGAAACACCUGAACGUGCACAAGGACGGAAGCUGCUUCGUUACGGUCGGCGAUGAAGACAAAGACCAGUGCGUGGCGUCUUCCCAGAAAAAGAUCCUGCGCAAACUUGGGAUUGUAGUUUACAACGCACUUGACUACAACCUGCCCUCCAACGAGUUCUGCCCUAUAUCCCAUGAACUGGAUGAGUUGAUCGACUACAUGACAGCUGAAGACAAUGACGAUGAAGGAAUCGAGCACGAUUCCGAAGAACCGGUAACGGACGAGGAUGAGGCUGUCGUGUCGGAUCACAUAGAGGAGGACGAGGAUGAGGAGGAGCAGGAGCAGGAUAAGGAUCGCCGACACCAUCACCAUCAGUGCAAUGGCAGUUGUGAUGGUGGAGGAGGAGGAGGAAGUGAUGCCAAUCAUCAUCACCAUCAUCAUCACCACCACCACCACCAUCACCAUCAUUCAGAUAGCAGUAAGCGGAGAUCGCAUCCCGAUACCAAAGAACUGGAUCACGUGCUGGCGUUUUGCUCGUCACGUGUUUCGCCCUCGAAACCGGAGGACCACUACCGGGCCGUGUGCCGUGCGUUGGCCACCGAAACCCUAGAGUUAAGAACGUUCCUACAGCGGGUGUGCCAGGGCGAUGCCGAAGUGCUCCGGCUCAAGGCCCAGGCGGAAACGUCGGGCAAGGUGCUGGAGAAGAUCCACUUCAACGACUGGCCGGACGACCUCAGGAUUUGGCAGGCACUACAAGCUCGCUUUUGGAUGCAAGUGGUAGACGAACUGCGGCGGGGAGUAAGGCUGAAAAAGAUCAACUUCUCCCGAACGCCGAUCGAGUACGAACUGACGCCAUACGAAAUCCUGAUGGAGGACAUCCGGUCCCGAAAGUACAAUCUGCGCAAAGUAAUGGUAGACGGUGACAUACCGCCGAAAGUGAAGAAAGAUGCACACGCCGUUAUUCUGGAGUUUAUCCGAUCUCGACCACCGUUACGGAAGGCCUCCGAGCGAAAGCUCGCACCGCAACCUCUGAAACGGGUGGCUUGCCCCCGGGAGCAACUGCUCGAUUCGAUCCGAAAGGGACGAGUGCUGAAACCGGUGCAUCCUAAGCUAAAAACAAGACGCGUCGCUUCCAUGCUUUCCAUCGUUUUCCCAAUGUCGUCACCGCAUCAUGUCAUCAGCAUCUUUUUACCAACCGCCACACAAGUAGAUAGCGUAAAGAAAUCAUGUGAUGAAAUAGGAACUAGUAGCAGCAGCGGCAGCAGUAGCAGUAGUACCAGCAGUAGUCACCAUCAUCACCAUCAUCAGCACCACCAGAGCACAACAAACGCCAGCAGUGCAGCAUCGGUGUCAGCAGCAACAUCAACGGCUGCGAGCAACAACAGUGCAGCGUCGGUGGCGGCGGCCAGAGCUUCGGCCAUAUCCGCUGCCAUGUACGGCAAUUCGCCCCGAAACACCCUAAGACUGAUACCGGUGGACUUUUCGCUGUUUGAGGACGACGAUUUCAUAAUCGAAACAGCGCCAAAUGGUGACCACACGCUUAACGGUAGCAGCCGGUCCAGUGGUGGCAACGGAGGAGGUGGUGGUCGAUAUGCCACUCUUGCCAUCACCGGCAAACGGAGCUCGAUGGCGACAUCCAGUGGGACGGCGACAGCCGGCAGUACAAAUCAGCAUCAGCAGCACAUCAAUAACGAAAACAACCAGAACAACAUCAACACCGUACUGCGGCGGACAAAGAAUAUCAUUACACACGACGAGUACCAUAGGUUCUGUGAUAAAGCACUCGAAAGUAAAUAUUAGCCUUUUAGUCUUUCAUCUUUGAAUAAUGCACGGUUUUUCGUUUUCUUUGGCACCACGGUCUUGCUGUUUCGAUUGCUGCACAGUGCACUUCUAGAGUUAUGCCACGUUCAGACUAUGGAGCUUUGAAAUAUUGUAAUGA